AUGCCAUCCGCAAUCUCCAUCCGCCAGAUCGAGGGCAAGCCGGGCAAAGUGUACUACCCGCUUGAGAAAAUCAACGUGCCCGAGCCGAAGCCCAAAGACAACGAAGUCGUCGUCAAGAUCUCCGCCGCCGCGCUCAACCAUCGCGACCUCUUCCUGCGCCAGCACCUGUACCCCGGCAUCAAGUUCGGUGUCCCCCUGCUCGCAGAUGGCUGCGGCGUAGUCGUGCAAACUGGAUCGGGCGAUGCGGCGAAGAAGUGGAAGGGGAAGAGGGUGGUUCUGAACCCGGGGACGGGAUGGAAGGAUGAUCCGGAAGGACCUGAGGCCAAGACGGGGUAUUCUAUCAUGGGCGGGACGAGGAUGAAUCCCGUGGGGACUCUGCAGGAGCUUGUGACGAUUGACGCGAGCGAGUUGGAGGAGGCGCCCGAGCAUCUUUCGAGCGUGGAGGCUGCUGCCAUGCCCUUGACUGGUCUGACGGCGUGGAGGGCGACGAUGACCAAGUCUGCGAAUGCGAAGAAGGGACACAAUAUUUUGAUUACGGGCAUUGGUGGUGGGGUGGCGCUGAUGGCGCUGGUGUUUGCUUCUGCUGCUGGAGCGAACGUCUUUGUUACCAGCGGCAAUCAGGAGAAGAUUGACAAGGCGAAGAAGCUCGGAGCAAAGGACGGUGUGAUUUACAAGGAAAAGGAUUGGGACAAGCAGCUGUUGAGCAAGUUGCCCAAGGACCGCCCGUUGUUCGACGCCAUUAUCGAUGGAGCAGGCGGUGACAUCGUGACCAAGGCGGCCAAGCUUCUCAAGGCCGGCGGCAUUGUCUCAGUCUACGGCAUGACCGUCUCCCCCAAAAUGGACUUCGUGAUGCCUGCCGUACUGAAGAACAUCGAAAUCCGCGGCUCCACCAUGGGCUCGCGCAAGGAGUUUGCAGACAUGGUCGCGUUUGUGCGGAAGAACAAAGUGUACCCGGCGGUGUCGCGGGUGGCCAGCGGAGGCAUCGAUGACUUUGACGGCAUCAACAGUCUGUUCGAGGAUAUGAAGAGCGCGAGCCAGUUUGGAAAGUUGGUGGUUGAGUUGGCCAAGGACGAUGGGCCGAAGCCGAAGAGUAAAUUGUAA